CACUGAAGAUGGCGUAUUUAUGUGUUUAGUGUUAAGCAGUCACGAUGAGUUCAUCUGUCAGUCGUCGUACAAACCUGAAAAUAUCCGCGGGAGCUUUAGUGUGUGAUGAAAGCAUUUUGAAAGGGGAUAUUACUAUCGGUCCAAAGACUGUAGUACAUCCCAGAGCAAGCAUUAUUGCAGAGGCAGGUCCAAUUAUAAUAGGUGAAGGAAAUAUUAUUGAAGAAAUGGCAACAAUAGCAAACAGAUUGCCACCAGAUGCAUCUGAGUCAACAACAGUUCCAGUGCAAAUAAUAGGUAGUUUUAAUGUAUUUGAAACUGAUUGCACUUGUGAAGCAUAUAAAGUUGGUGACAACAAUAUAUUAGAAAGCAAAGCAUUUGUUGGGCGUGAAGUGGAGUUGACCAAUGGUUGUGUCGUUGGAGCAGCUUGUGCAUUAACUGAACCAGAAACAAUACCUGAAAACACUGUAAUAUAUGGAAGUGAUUGUCAGCGUAGAGAAAUGCAUGAUAAACCAUACCCACAAGUAGGUCAACUUGAAUUUUUGUUAAAAGUUCUACCUAAUUAUCAUCAUCUUAGAAAGCCUAAUGUAAAAGCCAUAAAAACUGAAGGCGAAACUUAAUAUUGUUGGAGCAUUAUUGUAUGGUUCAACACUGUGAUUGCAAUAUAUUAAUAUAAGAUCAUAAACAAGAAUUUCAAUAUCCCAUCUGGAUACAGUAAAUAAAUUGAAAAUACUUUUCUUAAAUAUUAUAUUUAUAUUUUGUAUUUCAGUUAUAUUUAUACUAUGCAAGUAUUAUUAUUUAAUAAAGUUUUAAGUUUCGGUACUUCAUGUAU